AUGUUGCUCGGUCUAGAACAAGCAACUGAACAAGGGGCGCGAUCCUAUGCAUCGUUAGGCGGAGACCUGCAGGCCAGGCCCGCCACGGGGGCCCUUUGCGGAUGGGCCCGCGCCCCUGACAGGAGCCAUGUCGAGGGGGCGCCCACAGGACCCUCCCGCGGGGCCUACCCGCCCGUCAGCCUCGAACGCUGGGAACCGGCAGGUCCAGCCAGCGCCGCCCGCUCGCCGCCCGGCAGGGACCGCGUGGGCGGAGCUUCUCGCGCAGACUCGCCCCGAUUAGCAUACGCAAAGGACGCCGCUCCGCCUCCCGCCCGCGGCCGCCCGAGCCCUGCUCUGCGCAUGCUCCGCUCGAGGCGCUCGGCGCCUGGCGCGUCUCCUAGCGGCGCUCGAGGCCGAGCCGCGAUGCUGCGCGUCCUGGCGGCGCUGCGGCGCUGCUCGUGCCUGAGGCGGCCCUGGAGCGGCGGCGGCGGGCCUGGGCUCGGAGUCCCGCGGGGGACGGUCCUUCGGCGGCGCGGCUGGCAGCUGGGCCUGGGGCUCGGCGCGGCGCUGGCGGCCGUGGCGGCGGCCGCCGCCGCGGCGGAAGAGGAGCAGGAGGCCGGCGGCGGGGGGCGAAGGGAGGCGCCGCCGCUGCCGCCGCCGCGAGGAGAGGACUUCGGCCGGGCCGUGGCCCGCAGCAGGGAUCUUCUCCAGCGGGUGAAGGAUGAAGUGGGGGCCCCUGGAAUGGUAAUCGGCGUUUCAGUAGAUGGAAAAGAAGUCUGGUCAGAAGGUAUGGGUUAUGCUGAUGUAGAAAAUCGUGUGCCCUGCAAGCCAGAGACUGUUGCACGGAUUGCUAGCAUUAGCAAAUCGCUGACUAUGGUUGCUGUUGCCAAGCUGUGGGAAGAAGGAAGGCUGGAUUUAGAUGCUCCUGUGCAGAAAUAUGUUCCAGAAUUUCCUGAAAAGGAAUAUGAAGGUGAAAAGGUCACCAUCACAACAAGACUGCUUGCUUCACAUUUAAGUGGAAUUCGCCACUAUGAGAAAGAUGCUUCCAAAGUAAAGGAAGAGAAAGAAAAGGCCAACAGGGCACUAAAGGCUGCACAAGAUGGGACAAAAGCUGCCUCAAAAGCGAGAGAAGACCAAGGCUCGGAAAAGACCGACUGGGCUAAGGUCAAGCCAGAACACGAGGGCAAGGGUGCCAAAAAGGGAAGGAGGAAAAGGGAGUUUGAACAUGAAGAGUAUUAUUUGAAAGAAAAAUAUGAGAGUGUGAUUGAUUCACUGAAUAUAUUUAAAGAUGAUCCUUUGUUCUUUAAACCAGGGAGUCAGUUUUUGUACUCAACUCACGGGUUUACUCUUCUGAGUGCUGUUGUGGAAAGAGCUUCAGGUCAGAAAUUCACGGACUACAUGCGCAAAAUAUUUUGUGAUCUGGAUAUGUUGGCAACAGGACCGGAUGAUAACGAGCCACUGAUUUACAACAGAGCAAGGUACUACAUCCAUAACAAAAAAGGCCAUUUGGUCAAUGCUCCCUACGUAGACAACUCUUACAAGUGGGCUGGUGGAGGCUUCCAGUCCACUGUGGGCGACCUUCUGAAGUUUGGGAAUGCCAUGCUGUAUAGCUAUCAACUGGGGCAGUUGGGGAAACUUGGCACGGGAGUCCUUCCUGGUUAUCUCAAGCCCAGCACGAUAGCAGUGCUCUGGACAGCAGGCCCGAGCAUAGAGACAACCCGGUAUGAAGAUCCUAAAUACGGGAUGGCGUGGUUUGUGAUGGAGGGGAAGCAGGACUGUGGCUUCUGCAGGCGGCAGCGGUACUACACCUUCCACAGUGGAGGGGCAGUGGGGGCUAGCAGCACCCUCCUCAUCUUGCCCAAAGAACCGGCCUCGGAGGGAGCGAACGGCGUCUUCCAGGUGCCACCGCGGGGUGUGGUGGUCGCAGUUCUUUGCAACACGCAGUCAGUCUUCCUCGACGGCACAGCCCUGAAGAUUGCCAUGGAAUUUGAAAAGGACAAUCUAGCUCAGUGCACUGAACAAAACAGCUUGCCCAACUAAGCAAGGUUCUGAAAGACACGCAGAAAGCCAGCUGGUGUUAAUCAAGCUGAAGGUCUCUUUGCCAAGCAGGGCUCACAUCCCAACUGCGCUGCAUUAAAACCGGUCACUCAGGGAAGCCGCUGGGUGGGACCAACAGCCCUUCGUCAAAGGAGAAUCAUGCCUUGCAGUUACUCCAAGCCAAAUUGCCCAAAGCACCAGCAGCACUUGCUUUUGAUACCUGAAGCCAAAUCUGGAUCAAAUAACUUCACCUCUUUUUUUCUUGCAAGUUGAUUAAUAUGGAAAAUGAAUGUCUGCUUUGGAAACUCGGGGUAACCACACACCGGAGGCCAGAUGUGCAUGUGCUCCUUGGCAGAGGCUCUCCUCUUUGAGAAUUGUAGUUGCAAGGUGAAUGGCAUAAUUCGGUGGGUGUCCCUGCACUCGCAGCAUUUCCACAGCAGUGCUGAAGCGAGGAACAGCAGCUCUUUCAUGCCGGAUUUUGGAACAAGCCCACAUUUCAGGGUACCAGCUCUUGGCUAGGAAUAGAGGGAGUCAGCAGGGAGUGACCUGCCCAGGGUAACUAACUUAUUAUCCCCAUUUUUGGAGCAGCCAGACAGCUCAGGAAGACAUGGGUGGGUUGAUUCCCCCCCCCCCCCGUCCCAUCUCUUAGGCUAUUAACAGGACUCAUUCCUUCAUGUUAGUAAUGUUGACUGCCAUUGAAGAAAGCGGCUAAAAUUAAUCCUGCAGUUAUGGUGGGAUUGGUCUUCCACAUAAAAUCAGAGCAAACUCCUUAGCGUAUAAAUACAUUUACAUUUGAGCCCUGACAUGUUGCCCAUCCAUGUGCAAAGGGACUUAAUCCCAAGCAGAUGGAUACAAUGUUUUGCUUUAUUAAACAACUUGCUGGCCAAAUACAAUUUCCCUGUAUUUAAAGGUAGUUUUGCGUUUCCGGGGGUUUCACACUUUUGUCUGCUGAUUACGGCACCAAAGCUGCUGCUGGCCUCAGAAUUUGGCAGGCUUGUUCUCAAAGGAUAUGUCAUCUUAAUAGCCUUUCCUAGGCAUGACUCAUUGCCAAUAUUGUGUGGUCUUUAGGAGAGGACUUCGUUGGUUCAUCAUUCAUCCAAAUGCCAUCCUGUUCAUUUUCUAACCCUUUACUGCAAGUAUGCUUUUCAAAAGGGGAAGUCUUAAAGCCUUGAGAGAUAUUUACAAAGUUUAUCAAAAGCUGCAACUUUGUGUAUGUUUGCUUAGGAGUAACCUCUGUUAAAUAAAUAGGACUUGCUUCUGAGCAAACAUCGAUUCAGGCUAGAAGACUCUUACAUGGUAGUUUUACUCAAUUAUAUUCAAGCACUCUCUUUUACUGUUGUUAGCAUCCCAUCAUUUCUUCAAGGGAGACUUAAUUGCACUGGUGUCUGUAUUUCACUUUCUUAGGCAUGUAGGUUGUGAAAGCAUGAACGGUGGGUUUGCCUUAAUGGCUGGAUUGGGUUUUGCAGCCUAGUUUUGUUUGCUAGCUUGCGUCAGACCCUCUAGCAUGCCUGUUUUACUAGCCUCUCUCAUAUUCCUGGACUUGUUUAAAAAUCCCCCUUCUCCCGUUUCUAGUCAUGUUAUGGUCUGCUUUAAGUGCAGAUUUGAGUGCUUGAUGGACGAUAGCCCAGGCUUGGCCAGAACUUGCCCUCUGUCAUGCACUGCACAUACGAAGGAUUUGUAUGUGACUGAGGAGUUUGGCCUCUGGCAUGGGCCUGAUCCCAGUGCAUGAGGGUGGGGCGCUGUAUGUGUCCAUGCACAGGAGCCUACGCUUAGUUCUCAGGGCUGGUCCAGCGGUGUAACGUUGUGGGUGGGAUCAGCAGCAUGACUUGCCACCUGGUGACAGCACAGGCCUUCUGGUAUUAACACAUUUGGAGGGUAUUUGUACCAACCAGCCUUUGAUAUUCUCUUCGCACAGACAUGCAGUGUUUAAACGGCAUCUUUUUAUGAGCAAGUCUGUUAAGAGGUUCCUUUAUAAAAUACCUCAAACCACUUAUUCAUGUUUAGCAUCACUGUUGGGUAAACUGAUUUCAAACUUUUUAAUGGGGAAGGUUCUAAAGUGGAUACCAGUAUUUUCUUCCUCUCUAUCUUGAGGUGCCUGGUCAGAAACCUUCAGUUACAUUUAUCUUUGUAAUUAGGAUCAGUCUAUUAAUAUUAUUUUUCCAAGGGUGGUAGGCGAUUCUUGUCUUUGCCUGUUUGAAUUUUAAGAGUUUGAUCAAGUAAAAGGAUGCCUACCAUUCUUUGUAGGACUCACCUUUCUUUUGGAGAUGCACUUUUUGGACCUAGCAUAUGCAAAGUUAAGAGUUCCUUGCUCUAUUUUUUUUUACUGUCCUACAGGUGUCUUAGAAUUAACUGGUUCUUUUGGCUUCUAAUCAUGUAAACUGCCUACUUACAUAUUUUAAUUAUGGUAAUUGGUUUUUUGAUCUGCCUUAUUUAAUAAACAUUUCCUAUUGCUGACAGAAUGCUAA